GCUUUCGAUUUAGUACUUCAGCUCGGGUCAGAAGCGUCGCACCUGGCAGCGAGCGAGCAAGCAACCGAGCGACGUGUGCAAAUGAGAUUGUAAAGCACGCCAUCGCAUACGAAGCCCACGAAACGCGUUGAAGAUGAAACAUUUUUGCCUGUGUCUGAUGCCCGUGCUGGUCCUGCUGCUGUUGGGAUCUGAGCGGGUGGAGGCAAAGAAGUAUCUGCGCUGUGAACUCACCCGCGUGCUGGUGGAAAACUACAACUUUGACAAGACUUUCCUCUCCAAUUGGAUUUGCCUGGUGGAGCACGAGAGCAACCUGGACACCAGCAAGAUAACGCUCAAGCAGAACGACAGCAAGAACUAUGGCCUUUUCCAGAUCAACAGCAAGGACUACUGCGCCGAAGGACGCAAAGGCGGGCAAUGCAAUAUGAAAUGUGAAGACUUCUCCAACGACGAUAUUGUCGAUGACAUUGCCUGUGCCAAAAUGAUCCAGGAGCGCGAGGGCUUCAAGUACUGGAAGAAAUGGGAUCGCUUCUGUCGGAAUUCUCAGAAUCUGCCCAAUCUGCGUGUGGCCUGCAAUCUGCGUAGCCUGUCGCCCCUGCGCACACCCCGCAGUUUCUUCUACAUCUCAGGCUGAUGACUUACUCCUAUACAUAUAAUACAUGCAUAGACCUCUCCAGAUACUAGUAUAUGUACAAAGUACUAAU